CACACCCGGUUUGUGUUUAGCUCCUGAUUGGGUCUGCUCGGUUGUUAUUCCAGCUGAUCCCUCACUAAAAACUGGUCACCUCAUAUUGGAGACAGCAAGAACAACAUGUCAGAAAUCGUUGAAAUCGAUGAAGGAUUGUACUCCAGACAGCUGUACGUUCUGGGUCACGAGGCGAUGCACCGGAUGGGCACAGCCAGUGUUCUCAUAGCAGGCAUGCGUGGUCUUGGGGUAGAAAUAGCCAAAAAUGUGAUCCUGUCAGGAGUGAAGUCUGUCAAAGUACAGGAUGAAGGCCAGGCAGCGUGGAGCGACCUUUCAUCCCAGUUUUUCCUGAAGGAGUCCCAUCUUGGUCAGAACCGAGCCACGUGUUCCCUGCAACAGCUGUCUGCCCUGAACCCACAUGUGCGUGUGUCGGCCCACACCGGACCCCUGGAUAAGGAACUGCUUCUGCAAUUUCAGGUGGUGGUCCUCACUGAGUCUUCACUGGAUGACCAGAAGCGUUUUGGUGAUCUCUGCCAUUCACGUGGAAUCAAGUUCAUUGUAGCAGACACCAAAGGACUCUGUGGUCAGUUGUUCUGUGACUUUGGGGAGCAGUUUGAGGUCUUGGACAAGGAUGAAGAUAUGCCUGCAUCAUCAAUGAUACAAAGUAUCUCUAAGGACAAUCCUGGAGUGGUGAUCUGCACAGAUGACCAGAAGCAUAGAUUUUCAAACCGUUCAAAAGUGAUCUUCUCUGGAGUCCAAGGGAUGACGGAGCUCAACAGCAUCGCUCCUGUGGAGAUCAAAGACUGUGGCUCCUACUCCUUCAGCAUAUGUGACACUUCGACCUUCUCUGAGUAUGAACGUGGUGGAGUAGUGACGGAGGUUAAACAGCCCUGCAUGCUAACAUUUAAACCGCUGAGCGAGGCUCUAUUGGACCAUCAGCUGCUGAAACUGAAUGGUAAUGGAAAAGAUUGGAGGCACAAGACCCUGCACUUGGCUUUCCAAGCCCUCCACGGCUUUGUGAAGAAAGAACAGAGACUCCCUGAUCCUUGGUCUCAGUCAGAUGCAGAGGCCCUGCUUGCCAUAGUGGGAGAGCUCAACACAGUCGCACAGCUGGAACAGCUGGAUGAAGCUGCUGUGAGAAUCCUGUCCUUCACAGCUCAGGGUGACUUGGCUCCUGUGAAUGCUUUUAUUGGAGGCCUUGCAGCUCAGGAAGUUAUUAAGGCGUGUAGUGGGAAAUUCACGCCUCUUCAGCAGUGGCUAUAUUUUGACGCAUUCGAGUGCCUUCCUGAAGAUAAGGACCAGCUCGCAGCAGAGUGCUCAAUUUCAGCAAAAGGCUCGAGGUAUGAUGGACAGAUUGCAGUGUUUGGCUCAGCCUUCCAGGAGAAACUGGAAAGGCAGAAGUAUUUCCUGCUAAUACAACAUAAAUUCUGACACAGUAUCUCUCGUCAUUUGUCUAGGUUGGAGCUGGUGCUAUCGGAUGUGAGCUUUAAAAACUUUGCCCUCAUUGGGCUCGGUGCAGGAGAAGAAGGGAACAUCACCGUAACAGACAUGGACUUCAUAGAAAGAUCCAACUUGAAUCGACAGUUCUUGUUCAGGUCUCAGGAUAUUGGGAAACCAAAAUCGGACGUUGCGGCCAAAGCAGUGCGAGAGAUGAACCCAGCGAUGAAAAUCACCGCUCACCAGAAUUGUCUGGACCCUGACAGUGAAGAAGUUUAUGAUUACAAGUUCUUCAUGGGUCUCGAUGGAGUGGCUGCAGCCCUUGAUAAUGUGAAAGCAAGAGUCUACCUUGACGGACGCUGUGUGCAAUCCCAGAAACCGUUGCUGGAGGGUGGAACUUUAGGAUGUCAGGGUCAUACUCUGACGGUGGUGCCUCGCCUGACAGAGUCUUACGGCCCGGACAAAUCGAGUUCUAAUGAUGCCAUCCCGCUCUGCACUCUCAAGAACUUCCCUCACCGCAUUGAGCACACCCUGCAGUGGGCCAGAGACCAGUUUGAAGGACUGUUCAAACAAGUACCUGAAAAUGUGAAUCUUUUCCUGAGAGAUCCAGAGUUUAUGCCUCGGACUCUUGGUCUGGGAGACGCUGAGGCCCUGGAGGCUCUUGAGGCGUUGUGUAGCAGCCUGGAGAACAUAAAAGCUGGAGGACAGCGUCCAACGAGCUGGGAAGACUGUGUCGGCUGGGCACGGAGCAAGUGGGAGAAUCUGUAUAACAAUGACAUCCGCCAGCUUCUGCACUGUUUCCCUCCUGAAGAGAAGACUGCUGAUGGUCUACCCUUCUGGUCUGGAUCCAAGAGAUGUCCACAGCCACUGACCUUUGACUUCAACAAUAGUACCCACAAGGAGUAUGUGGUGGCAGCAGCCAAUCUGUACGGGCAGAUCUACGGGAUCAAAGGCACAACAGUCUGCGCUUCCAUCAGAAAAACCUUAGAGAAAGUCUCCGUACCGUCUUUCACUCCCAAGUCCUCCGUGAAGAUUCACCUCACUGAUAAGGAUAUGGAGGAGGACAAAAAACAGGACAGUGAUGAUGCCGAAAAAGCCAGACUUGAGGAGCUGAAAGGAAAGUUGGCCUCCCCGUCUCUGAAAAGCUCAGCCAUGCAGAUGUACCCCACGGACUUUGAGAAGGAUGACGACAAUAACUUCCACAUGGACUACAUUGUUGCUGCAUCCAACCUGAGAGCGGAGAACUAUGUCAUCCCUGCAGCCAGUCGGCACCAGAGUAAGCUCAUAGCUGGAAGGAUAAUCCCAGCCAUAGCUACCACCACAGCGGCGGUGGCAGGCCUGAUGUGCCUGGAGCUAUACAAACUGAUCCAGGGCCACCAGGAGAUCAGCUCUUACCGGACAGCAUACAUGUACCUGGCUACCUCGUACAUUGUAUUUUCCCAGCCGUCUCGGAACCGCUACUUUGAGGUCGCAGGAAAGAAAUACACCCUGUGGGAUGACUUCCUUGUUGAGGGCAGACGCGGCGGUCAGCAGGAAAUGACCUUGGGAGAUCUGUUCCAGUUUAUCAGGGAUGAAUAUGACUUGAGCAUCAAGCAUCUCUUCUACGGAAACGCUGCCUUAUACAUGGGGCAAGAAGAGAGGCUCAAGCAAAGUGUUUCUGACGUGGUGAGGAUGGUCACCAAGACAGAUAUCCCUCCACACAAGAAGAUGCUGGAGUUCACCGCCUCGUUCACUGAGGACGAAGAGUGUGAGACAGUCCCUCCCAUCAGAUACAUGCUCGUGUGAUGCCAUCAACACAGUUCACUCAAACUUUAUAGUAAACAUAUUUCACAUGGAAAUGCUUCAAUGUGAGAAAGCACACUAAACAAUCCUGUGAUAUCUUAUCAGUUUAAAACAUGCUCAUGUCUUUAGCUGUUGUUUACAAAUAUUACUAUCUGAAUGAUGUUUUCCUGCAUCUGUCUAUCCAUUCCUUUACUGUCUUUUUACAAUAUUUUAGAUUUGAUCCCUGGCUUACUGUGAUCAUGUUUUCGUCAAUUGUUAAUGGACCAUUAAUCAUAUAAAGUAAAACAUAACACUGUGUCUAAUCUGUUGUCCCCUAGCCAUGUUCCAAACAAUACUUAAAAAUGCACACAUAUGUAUAUUCUCUUUUUAUGAAACAUAACAAAUGGCCAUUUUGGUUCCAACGUAAGUAGACAUUUUACCGGGGUAUCUGUUUUUAAACUUCAGGUUUGACUGGAAUCUUAAAGCCCUAAGCUGUCCUGAAAUGGCUCGUCUGCAUCACCUGUCCUUUUCAACAACCAGACGAUGUGUCUGACUUCACACCCGUAUGUUAACAUAGUGUUGUUUUUACUCUACUCUCUCUGUAUUUAGAUCAUGUAAUGAAGAAUCCUCUCUGAAAUAAUCACUUAAGCCACUUUGUGAAAGGGUUAUUUAUUCAGUGUGUAAUUGGGGCUGUGAUUCGGGAUGCUGUUUGUCAUUUAAAUAAUAUAAUUCAAUAAAUAUGUCUGAGGAA